AGUAUACAAGAAGUCAGACAAGCUGCUAGUUAGCUUUAUAUGAGAUACAUUAUUCAAGUGUAUAGAAAUGACCACAAGAUUUCUCAUUCUUUUUUUAAAUUUUUUCGUGCUACGUGUUUGUAAUGGACAAUUAGAACAAGAAGUCAAUCAAAUACUCGACGAACUUCAUUCCGAAGAUAAACAAACGUCUACUACAGUAUCACUCCAGCCUAUUAACGAUGAUUCUACACCGAAAAAUCCCUAUGAAAUGCCCAGUGGAGUUACGGAGUGUCCACAUUUUUGCGUACCUUUUUUUCAAUGUCGCGAUGGAAAACUGAAUACCAACGGGGUUAAUAUAAUUGAUAUCAGGUUAAAUGACGGACCAUGUGGUAAUGCUCUUCUUGUCUGCUGUAAAAAGCAAUCUGUUACGGAUAACCGUUUUACUACGAAUCCAAAUACAUCUCCUACGGAAACUACCGACCCCAGAGGAUGUGGUUAUCGAAGAGUAGACGGAGUGGAGUUUCAAAUUACAGGUACUAAAGAUAACGAGGCUCAAUAUGCUGAAUUUCCUUGGAUGGUCUCGAUACAUACACAACCCAAUGCCCCUAACGAUAGACCUGUUUGUGGCGGUGCUUUGAUUCAUCCACAAGCAGUUAUUACAGCAGCUCAUUGUGUAGCUGACAUGACUAAGAGAUGGAAAGUUCGUGCUGGUGAAUGGGACAUCGUCAAAAAAAUUGAAGUGUAUCCAGUUCAAGAAGUAGAAGUAGAAUCGAUCACACUUCAUGAAAACUACUACGCAAGAGCCUUAUUCAACGAUAUUGCUUUCCUUAAACUCAAACAAGCUGUUAAUUUGACUAAAAACAUCGACACAAUUUGUUUGCCACCUCAAAGUUACCAACACACUUCUCAAAAUCGGUGCUACUUCACAGGCUGGGGUAAGAAUAAAUAUGGAAAAAAAGGAGUUUAUCAAGGUAUUUUGAAGAAGGUGGACCUUCCUUAUAUCGACAAAUCUAAAUGUCAAGAGUUACUAAGAAAUACUAGACUUGGGCAAUUCUUCGAACUACACCACAGCUUCAUGUGUGCUGGAGGUGAAGAGGGUAAAGAUGCGUGUAACGGUGACGGUGGUAGUCCAUUAGUUUGUCCAUGGAAUGAUGAUCCAAAGAGAUACUACUUUGCAGGUGUGGCUGCUUGGGGAAUUGGAUGUGCCCAAAAAGAUAUACCAGGCGUUUACGUAGAUAUUACAGAAUUCAGGAAUUGGAUCGAUAAUCAGAUGACGGUGCAUAGGUUACCAACUUUAUUUUACGAUCGGGACAAUCCUUUUGUACCACGGAUGAAAGGCGAAAGAAUGUAGGAUAAGUAGUAUUUAACUUUAGAAUUUCUUUCUAUUAUAUAAUUGUGAGUAUUCAAGUUAAGGAUGUAGGAAUUUUUUAUGAAUAAAAACUGAUAAAAUAAUA